UUUUUCUUUUAAACAGCAAACCGAAACUAGAAGGAAAAAAACCCGAUAAUAGAUCCAGAGAACCAAAUUUUCCUUUCGAUGCUUUCAAAUUUGAUAUCAUGGCUGUAACAAGCACAUCAAACGUAAAAGGUAUGGAUCGGAGCAAAGGUCCAUGGAUCCCCGAAGAAGAUAACUUGCUUCAGAAACUGGUCCAAAAGCAUGGACCCAGAAACUGGUCGUUGAUCAGCAAAUCGAUCCCGGGUCGAUCCGGAAAAUCCUGCCGGCUCCGGUGGUGUAACCAGCUGUCGCCCCAAGUUGAGCACCGGGCCUUCAGUCCCGAGGAAGACGAGACCAUCAUCAGAGCUCAUGCCCGAUUCGGUAACAAGUGGGCCACCAUAGCCCGACUACUCAACGGUCGUACGGACAACGCCAUUAAGAACCACUGGAACUCGACGCUUAAACGUAAGUGCUUAUCGGUCGGGGAAGAGAGUUUUUUUAAUGCUUUGAAUGGCGGGUAUGAUGGUAAUUUGGAAGGGGAUGAAGAGGAGCGACAACCGUUGAAGAGAUCGGUGAGUGCAGGACUUUACAUGAGCCCCAGGAGACAAUCGGGGUCCGAUUUGAGCGAUUCAAGCGUACCCGUUUUAUCAUCUUCACACGUGUAUAAACCCAUCCCGAGGACCGGCGGAGUCAACGUUAUGCCAUCUCCUGGAGCCGAAGCGGCUUCGUCUUCUGACGAACCACAGACGUCACUGAGUCUGUCUUUACCUGGGGCUGAGACAUGUGAGGUGUCGGUGUCAACUCUCCCAGUCACCGAGUCAACUCAGACUAGGAACGAAGCGAGAAAUGAAGGCAAGGGAGGAGGGGUGAUGGGGUUCAGUGCGGAGUUUAUGGCGGUGAUGCAAGAAAUGAUAAGAGUGGAGGUGAGGAAUUACAUGGUCCAGAUGCAGCAACUGGCAAACGGUGGCGUUUCAGGAGGAGAGGGAAUGGGGAUGUGUUCGGAUAUGGGGAUUAGGAAUGGUAUGCCCAUGAGUCGAGUUGGGGUUAAUAGGAUCGACUAAACUUCAAAAUGUUGAAAAAAAGGGGCUAUUGUUUUU